GCAGAAAAAAGUACUAAGUGCAAACCAUUUAUCAGUCAAAUCAUUUUUGUAGGAAAAUGCCAGAUCAUUUCUAUUUCUACCUACUCAACUUUGAGGAUUUGAUAUUUGUCUUUGCCACCCAUGAUAAUAACUUAAAUGUUGCUGUAUUUAUCAUUUAAGGAUCAUUUAAUCAUGUAAGGCCUGUUGGAACUUUUAAUGAGCAUUUUUCCAAAAUACUGCGAAUUUUCAGAAAAAAACAAUUACUGAAAAAAUAUCAGCAGCUUGAUCGUCCUGGAAAAAAUCGUCAGUCAUUGGACAGUUAUGGUAUUUAAAAAAACAAAAAAAACCACAGUCCAUUUUUGACACGUUGCAGCUGCCGAGUGAGGCAUCCUCUCACAUUUACACGAUCUUCCGUUUCCGUGAGCGGAGCCUCGUCUGGCCGUGAGGGACUGCAGCCUCUCCCCGCAUCCUCAGCCCGGAGAGCCGCGGUCGGUGGACGCCCGGCUGAACGGUUCAGUCUACGAAGACCCGAACCGUCGACAAACAAAGCGCAUUGAUUGCAUUUGCUACGCGGAGCUCGUGUCCUGCCACUGAUUCAGACGGCUGAAAACACUGCAGUGACACCAGCGGACCAUCGGUUUUUACAAGGGAGUCAUUCAGCAGAGGAGGUCGGGACUGAAACCCAGAACGAUCUGACAGGACGAAGGACUUCACCCCCGAGGAAGUGAAAGUGCAACCCGUGACAGAGAUUCACAUCCGUUCUGCGGGGAAAUCUGUUGGUCAUGUCGGCGGGAUGCCAGUAGACUGUUUACUGGAGAAACCGCUGCAGCUUCCUAAUCUCCAUCAUAGAGCGACCCACUUUCAUUUAAGGAAUGGAUAGACUGCAGGAUCAGUUUGUUCUUGUAGAUAUUCAGAACACAAGUAGCCUAUUUCGUACGCUGGAGUCUGUUUGAUUCAUUUGACUAAGCUUCUCAAACCGUUUAGUCUCAGGUUUAAACGCAUAAGGUGUCGAUUAAACAGCAUGGCACUGUCAUUUCAAAACUUCAACUCCAAAUGAAGCUCAGGGGGAAACAACCUCUCCACAUGUUCCAUUUAGUAGCUGUGUUGAAACUUUUAGUAGCAUUAUAGGCUUUUCCUCUGCAGAUGGAGUGAGUGCAGUACUGUUUGUCUGACGCACAACAACUCUGAAGCCAAGCUUAAAUGUAAAAGUUUAAUUAUCAGAAAAUGUAGAUGCUGAAAAGGUAUAAAAACAAAUAAAAGCAUUUCUGAGAGGGGACAUAUUUUAAUGUAUUGUAACUUGUGAAAAGAGUACAUUUGAUUAUUUAUAGUCUUUUAGUUUGGAUUUAUUAGAGCAAGAACUGCUGGAACACACCUGUACAAAGUUCCAAGCAAGAAUCUAGCGCUUUGAAGUUACUCUGAGCAGAUGUGAUUUUAUCCUGUGUUUCAAAUGAUUUCUCACAUCUCUUGCAUGCAUUAAAAGAAACAGACUUUUAAAUCAGUAGAUCAGUAGAUAACGUGCUGUGAUGCUGGAUGUAGUGAAAAUGAAGGACGCCUGCAGGAUCUGCGCCCGCGAGCUCUGCGGCAACCAGCGCCGAUGGAUUUUUCACCCUGCGGCCAAACUUAAUCUGCAGGUUCUGCUGUCCCACGCCCUGGGUCAUGAGCUGACCCGGGAUGGCCGUGCUGAGUUUGCCUGCUCCAAAUGCGCCUUCAUGCUGGACCGUAUGUACCGCUUUGAUACAGUGAUUGCCCGAGUAGAGGCACUGUCUCUGGAGCGCCUUCACAAGCUGUUGCUGGAGAAAGACCGACUGAGGCAGUGUAUUGGACGCCUUUACCGGAAGAACAAUGCAGAAGACUGCAAUGUGGCUCCAUCUGGGUCUGGUGUUGGAGUCGGGAUUGAGGUGGAGUCUGAGUACUCUCCUGUGAUGGAUCUCUCAGCACUGCAGGACAUCAGAUACUCAGAUAUGAUCCAGGAUGAUCUGGCUUACUCUGUCUAUGAGUCAUGGGCUGAUAAGGAGGACCCUGCUCUAGACCACCACACCCAUCACCAUCAGUGCACAGGAGCAGACACCGUCUCUGGUCAGAAGCCAAGGCGAUGCAGGGGUUGUGCAGCACUGCGUGUUACUGAUUCCGACUAUGAGGCAGUGUGUAAGGUUCCUAGACGGGUUGGACGUAGAAGCACAUCUUGCGACCCAUCCACCCGCUACUCAGCAGCCACUCUGAUGGGAGAGGACCUGGCCAGAGUCUGUGGAGCCGCUGAGGCUACAGAUGACACCUUUGAGUCCCCUUCAGUUGGGAUGGAGACUGAGAAAGCCAUGUGUAACCAGACCACUUUGAGCCCUGCAUCAUCUGUAGAGUUUCUUGAUACCACCGUAUCCCCUCCUGCAAACCAGAAAGAGAGAGAAGAAGCUGAACCAGAUAAAGAUUCAGAGGAGGCUCCACUGAGAAGGGACAUUCCUUGGGGCAAACCACCAAGUGACACCCCCCCCCCUGGGCUUGAAAUGAUACUGAGCCUCCUGCGGGGCUGGGAGUACCAGCCAGUAAAACCUCGAAAGGGCAGCAAGCUUCCAGUUCUGGUCAAAGCCAGAUUUGAACAAUGUCUGCCACCGCCUUUGCCACUGAGGUCCCCCUGUGGUGAAGCAGACUGUGACCUGUACCCCCACCAGAUUAUACCAGAGGUUGUGACCCCAGAACUGGUUGAAAUGGAGGAACAGUGGCUGGAUGAAUAUGUUCAGUGUGGUCCCUUUCGCUUUCAGCAGGUAGUUUAGAAGCAUUACUUCUGGGAUCUGUCAGCCUAGCUGAUGCACUCGGCUUGGCUGAAAGAUCCAUUGCCUCUUUUUUUAGUUGGCAUGGAGAUUAGACGCUUUUAACAGAAAGCCUAAAGUAGUGGUGUGGAAUCUAAAAGCUGCAGGUCGCUCCCAGGUUUGGAGUGCAUCAUUUAUUAUUGCGAUGCAACGGGAACAUAGGAUCCACUGUUUUUGGAGUUUAAUCCACACCAGGGAUCAAAUGUCAGUGCCCUGUUUUUUAUACUCUGCUGCACAAACUUACUGAAUCCUUUCAUAAAUACACUUUGACGUGUUCGUCA